UGGUUACCGAGUGUAGAAAUUGUAUCGCUUUACGAAAAACCUUUGUUGCCGUUUUUUGGUUUUACUUCCGAGGUUGUCCUCUUCGUAUAAGUCAUAUAAAGCAUGCUCAGCUAAACUAACAAGAUUUUUCCAAGUGUUAAUGCGUAUUUGUGUCAUGACAUAAGGAAGCGGGGACAUAACAUCAGAGUAUCCGCAGAAGAUGAUAGAACCAGAGCUACUAACCGAGGUCCCUGCAGCACUCAAGCGGCUAGCCAAGCAGGUAGUAAGGGGUUUCUAUGGAGUGGAGCAUGCCCUGGCCCUGGAUGUGCUGAUCCGCAACCCAUGUGUACGUGAGGAGGACAUGCUGGAGUUGCUCAAGUUUGACCGCAAACAGCUGCGCUCUGUGCUCAACACCCUGAAGUCAGACAAGUUUGUCAAGUGCCGCAUGAGAGUGGAAACAGCACCUGAUGGCAAGACAACGCGGCACAACUACUACUUUAUCAACUACAGGGUACUGGUCAAUGUGGUCAAAUAUAAAUUGGAUCACAUGCGACGGCGCAUCGAGACAGAUGAGCGAGACUCCACCAACCGUGCCUCGUUCCGGUGUCCCUGCUGCUUCUCCACCUUCACCGACUUAGAGGCCAACCAACUGUUUGACCCCAUGACAGGCACAUUUCGCUGCACCUUCUGCCAGACGGAGGUAGAAGAGGAUGAAUCAGUCUGCCCUGAUGCCAGGACGCUGGUGGCACGCUUCAAUGAGCAGAUCGAACCCAUUUAUGUGCUGUUACGCGAGACCGAAGAUGUUAACUUGUCCCAUGACCUGCUGGAGCCUGAGCCUUCUGAAAUUCCAGCCCUCAAACAGAGCCGUGAACGUGCUGCAGCAUCUGGAGCAAACGCAAGCGGCCCACACCGUGAAGCCUGGUCGAACAAAGGCUCAUCCUUCGCUGACCUUUACACCCAGAACGUGGUUAUCAGCAUGGAGGAGCAGGAAGAACAGCAGAAACAGGCCAAUGAGGCCAAGGCACCAAAGGAGAGACCCGUCUGGUUGACCCAGAGCACCGUGCAGGGCGCUUACAGUGAGCCUGACAUCCUCAAGAACCAUGGAGACAUUGUGCCCGGAGCCCAGGAUGGAGCAACUGGUCUCGGCGUUGGUCAGUCAGACGAUAAUGAGGAAGUGAUGCGCGCCCUGCUUAUCCACGAGAAAAGGGGUGCGGCAGCAGCAGCAGCAGGUGGAGGUAGUGCAAGUGCCGCUACCAGGGGGCUCACUUCCACCACCGCUAAUGGCAGCGACUCUGAGAGCGACACAAGCGAAUCGGAUGACGACUCUCCCUCGAAUCCUCCGCCCGCCACAGCUGCUCAGCAUCGGGCCGCCGAGGAGGAAGAAGACGACGACGACGAGUUUGAGGAGGUGGGGGAUGAGCCGAUGGUGAUGGUGGGGGGCCGGCCGUGCUCAUACCGAGAGGUCAGCCAGAGGCCAGAGCUAGUGGAACAGAUGUCUGCACAGGAGAAGGAGGCCUACAUUGAAAUGGGACAAAACCUCUUUCAGGACAUGUACUUCUAAACACACACACUUGUAUGUGCAUACAUUUACACACAUAAUGAAAGAAUUUUGGCAAGAUUGGCUUUGAUUUCCCGAAUGUAUACUUCUGCUGUCUCACACUGUCAAUAGUGAUACAUGAGGAAAUAUUUGUGGUCGCAACUUCUCUAGAACACCACAAGAUGCUGCUCAAGAAGUAUUUACAGUCCACUUCUUGCUCUUGUAUUAUCAGAAACAUGAUUUGACAGUGUUGAUCACGCCUUUAGUAUUCUGUCCCAAGUAUUUUUGUAUUCUCUGACACCAAAUUAGGUGGGAGCUGUCCAGCUGCAGUUUGCCAACUUGUUUUUUUAUUUUUAUUUUAGUUUAACACCAGUCACGUUUUAGUCGUGCUUUUCAGCCGUGCGUCGCUCAUGCAUCCGACAGAUGCGCUUCAGUUUUAAUCGAUACAGCUGUCUACACACAAGCAUAUGAAUUAUGCUUCAUGUCUGUUUUCUUCCCACUCAUGUGUUUAACUACAUUGAUUGUGUAUUGGGCUGUGAGCUGUGCCAAAAGACAUCUGAGCGUAUAGCACACAGCAGUACUCUGGCUGAACGUAAAAGCGGUGUGAUCCUGGAGGACCGAUGCUGCUGCCGUGUUGUUCUGAAACAAGAUCAGACUGGAUUUAAAAGCUUAUCUCAGGCAAGAGAAACAAGAAGAUAUAGUGGAGUUGUUGUACAGUAAAGCAUUUGUAAUUCUGAAAAAUCUGUAAUAAAAAACACUGCAGUACAGCA